AUAUUAAAUUUGGAGGUAUGUGAUAAGGAUUGAAGACAAUCAAAGAGGAUUGUGCUUUAAAUUGCUUUGCUUAGUUGUAUUAUACCCAUUACAGCCUAUUCUUACUCAAUUUUCCACUACCCAAAAAAAAAAAAAAAAAAAUUCCAAACGCGCAUGUCUCUAUCACGUGCCCGGACCCCCAAAAGUGUGCCUGUCACGUGCCAACUAAUCAUGCUGUCUUUUCUCGUGGAAGACAGCCAUUUCGGAGCCCAGUGUCUUUGUGUCCAAUCCUCUGCCGGUCACCGGAAAAUAAUCUCCGUUAUCAGCGUUUGGAUGCCUUGAAAAUCUGAAGAAAAUUUGCUCAGGAAUCUAGAUUUUCCGGAGAACAUACCACGGUAGUACUGUGAGUACCGUCACUCUCUCGUCCGCUGUACCUCUCAUGGCGGUGCUUUCGUGUCAAUUAGCAUUUGUGGGUUGCUAGCAGUAUCUCAACCGCGUCUUUCACUCGUCUAUUAAUUUGAUAAUCUCCGUUCCAUCCAUAUUCUGCUUUACUCUUCUUUAGCGCAGAGCAAUUUGAAGUUCACGUUUGGGAAUCGAAAAUCUAGAAUUUCAAUCGAUUCAAUGCGCGGUUUCAAGCUCUUGGACCGGUGCAAGGGCGCUCAAGUUCACGCCUUGAAUUCCUCAGACACCGCCUCCUCGGCCGUCGAUGGCGGCGGCGGUUCCAACGGCGGCAAGCUUAACCGCUACCGUCGCCGCAGCUGCAGUUCCCGCCAAGACGAUCUCGGGAACAAUUCGAUCGCGUCGAGUGAAACUCUUUUUCCUUGUGGACUCCCUACAGCAGGUCGCAUGGAACCCCCUAUGGAGCCCCAACUCAAACCCGUCAAUUUUGUUGAAACCCUAGCCGACCUCUACCAUCGGCUCGAGGCCUGCUCUGGACCCGAGAAGUCUGCGAUAUACCUCGAGCAGUACGCGUUCUUGUACAGCCUCCGUGACCCGAAGCUUCUCCGCCGGUGCCUACAGUCCGCGCGCCAGCACGCGGCGGAUGUGCUCUCGAAGGUUGUGCUUUCCGCGUGGUUAGGGUUCGAGAGGAGGGAACAUGAGCAUGGGGGUUCAAGUUCUUCAUCCAUGGUUUGUAGCGGCUACGUUCUUGAAUGUCCCCGGGCUGCCCUGUUACCUGGGUAUGACCCAAAUUCAGUCAAUGAUCGAUGUCAAUGUUGCCAGAGCCCUCGGGUGGCGACCCAUUUGGGCGUCUCUAUCGGGGAUGAGGGUCUGGCCCCGGAGGUCGAGAGUGAUGUUUGUUUUUGCAUUGAGGAUGAGGAGAUAAAUUGUGUUCGAGAUAAAAUUGCUGCUCUCUCAAGCCCCUUCAAAGCGAUGCUGUGUGGUAACUUUGCAGAAUCGAAGAGGAAAAAGAUUGAUUUUUCAGAAAAUGGAGUGUCUGCUGAGGGAAUGAGAGCUCUGGAUGUGUUUAGCAGGACAAGGAGAUUAGAUUUUUUUAGCACUGAGAUUGUUUUAGAGCUCCUAUAUUUGGCAAACCGGUUUUGUUGUGAUGAGCUAAAGUCGGGUUGUGAUGCUCAUUUGGCUUCUCUGGUUUUUAACACUGAGGAUGCAUUGGUUCUUAUUAAUUAUAGUCUGGAGCAGACUGCGAGUCUUACUGUAGCAUCUUGCUUGCAGGUCUUGCUGAGGGAGCUCCCACGAUGUUUUCAUAAUCUGAAGGUUGUAAAAUUGUUAUGUAGCUCUGAAACCAGGGAAAGAUUGGGCAUGUCAAGGCAUGCUUCUUUCCUGCUGUAUUAUUUUCUGAGCCAGGUGGCUAUGGAAGAGAAGAUGUCUUUGGCCACAACAAUGUCAUUGCUGGAGAGAUUAGGAGAAUGUGCAACGGAAAGAUGGCAGAAGGAGCUUGCCUUUCAUCAGUUGGGUUGCACAAUGCUUGAGAGGAAGGAGUACGAGGGUGCCCAGUGUUGCUUUGAGGCAGCAGCUGAUGCAGGUCAUGUUUAUUCAAUGGCUGGUGUUGCUAGAUGCAAGUAUAAGCAAGGUCUCCGUUAUUCAGCCUGCAAGCUGAUGAACUCUCUCAUUAAUAAGUAUAAAUUGGUUGGGUGGAUGUACCAAGAGCGAUCUUUGUAUAUUGAUGGGAGGGAGAGGAUUCUAGAUUUGAACACUGCAUCUGAAUUGGAUCCCACCCUUUCAUUUCCAUAUAAAUACAGAGCUGUUGUGAUGGUGGAGGAGAAAGAGAUUGAGGCUGCUAUCUUGGAAAUCAACAAAAUCAUUGGGUUUAAGCUCUCUCCUGACUGCCUUGAAUUGAGGGCGUGGUUCUUUAUUGCACUGUUGGAUUAUGAAAGUGCUUUAAGAGACGUCAGAGCAUUGCUAAGUUUGGAACCCAAUUAUAUGACGUUUCAUGGUAAGGUGAGUGGGGAUCAGCUGGUUGAGCUCCUCAGCCAUCACGUUCAGGCAUGGAGUCAAGCUGAUUGCUGGAUGCAACUUUACGAUCGAUGGUCUUCUGUUGAUGAUAUUGGCUCUCUGGCUGUUAUACAUCAGAUGCUGGCGAAUGACCCCGGGAACAGCCUACUUUGGUUUAGGCAGUCUCUACUACUUUUAAGGCUAAACUGUCAGAAGGCAGCAAUGCGCAGCUUGCGGUUGGCUCAAAGUCAUUCUGGAUCCAAGCAUGAAAGGCUUGUUUAUGAAGGGUGGAUUCUGUAUGAUACCGGCCAUCGUGAUGAAGUACUCUCUAAGGCCGACAAAUCCAUUUGUAUUCAGAGGUCUUUUGAGGCCUUUUUCCUCAAAGCUUUUGUGUUGGCAGAUACAAGUGCAGAUACUGAAUCUUCAUCUUAUAUCAUCAAACUUCUGGAGGAAGCCCUUAGAUGCCCUUCUGAUGGUCUUCGGAAAGGACAAGCUUUAAAUAAUCUAGGGAGCAUUUAUUUGGACUGUGGUGAGCUAGAUCUUGCUACAGACUGCUACAGGAAUGCCCUUGACAUCAGACAUACUAGAGCUCAUCAAGGGUUGGCCCGCAUAUAUCAUCGUCAGAAUCAAAAGAAAGAUGCUUACGAUGAGAUGACAAAGCUGAUAGAGAAGGCACAAAACAGCGCAUCGGCAUAUGAGAAACGGUCAGAGUACUGUGACCGAGAGCUGGCAAUGAGUGAUCUUGGCAUGGUAACACGCUUGGAUCCAACAAGGACCUACCCAUACAGAUACAGGGCAGCUGUGCUGAUGGAUGACCAAAAGGAAACUGAAGCUGUUGAAGAGCUUACCAAGGUCAUUGCUUUCAAGCCUGACUUGCAAACUCUUCAUCUGCGAGCUGCAUUUUUCGAGUCAAUGGGUAACGUCAAUUCUGCUCUCCAAGAUUGUGAGGCAGCUCUUUGCUUGGAUCCCAACCAUACGGAUUCACUCAAUCUACAUAAGCGAGCAUGGGAAGCUUAUGUUCAGCAGCAGAAAUGAGUCAGCAUAUUUAUGCUCCUAAAGUUAUAGAUUGGGAAUGCCUUGGAAGGGGGAGGGGAUUAGGGUUUCAUGGACUUUCCAGUUUCUACAAAAUGUGGUCCUUCACUUUGAUUAUUCCCUUCACAUCAUCUUUUGUUGCUAUGCUGCUGGACUCAGGAUGCCAACAUGGUGAGAAGAACUGAUUAUGACUUGAUAUCUCUUAAAAUCAGAAACUGCUCUACUAAAUGUGGACAAUUGCCCAUUGCUACUUUUUGUGCUGAAAUUGCAUUCAGCCGAGGUGAUUUCCUAAUCCCAGUUGCCUUCUGUAUCGAUAUUGAUCAUCAACAAUAUGCAUUUUUGUUGUAAUCCUGCCAGUUUCUAUGGGUUUCCCUGAGAAGCACUGACACAGACUCAUGACACAAACAUUACAUGAUACAGAGUGAUAGAGCAACUUCAAAAAAAAAAAAAAAAGAAGGGCAUGACUAGAUCUUAUGAAGGAUGGAUUGUAUGUGAUACUGGAUAUCAUGAAGAAGUACUCUCUAAGGCUGGUGGGUCCAUUUGUGUUUGGAGGUUGAAGCCUUUGCCUGUAGGAGCAUAUGAAUUGACAGAUAUGAGUCUGGAGUCUGGACUGAAUCUUCAUCUCAUGUUGUCAAACUCCUGGGGAAGCUCUUAGAUGUCAUUCAUAUGGCCUUCAAAAAGUCUGGCAAUAUCUUCAUUCUACAAUGGAAUCCAUGUCACUGUCAUGUGCUAAGAUGUAUUUAAUCUAGUUGAAUAUUUAAUUAUGUGGAUUGUGGUAAACUGGGUCCUGGCAUCCUGCUGCUGUGAAAAUGAUGAUGAAGGAUCAGCCCCCAUGUAAUUUAUUGUAAGUCAAAGGAAAGCUGCAUAUGAAUAUAUGAUGAUGAAGGUGAUAGAGUAGGCACAGAACAAUGAAUCAGUGUAUAGGGAAUGAUCAGAAUAUUGUGAUCAUGAGAUGGCAAUGAAUGGUCUCAGCAGGGCAGAACACGGGGAUCCAAUGAGGACCUACCCAUACAGAUACGAGGGUGAUCGGUAAAUUCCCUAGAAUCAACACCAUAUUAGAUCUUUGGUCUACUUUGAAGUUGACUUUUUGGAAAUUUGGUGUCAAGCAUGAACUUGCAUUGUUAUCAUGCUUACUUGAUUAUUCAUCAUGCUUCAAUUUAGAAAUUUGUUUAGUCUUUGCUUCAAAUUUUCUUUGUAAAGCUUUUAUACAAACAUGAAGGUUAAGGCUGUUAGUGAUACGUCCAAAAGGCAAACAGAUGGCACUUACUAAAUGGGCAUUUAUUAAUGUUCGUCCAUAUUAUCAAUAAUAAGGGCGAGUAAUAUCUUCUUCCUGUUCAUA